AAGAUAAGUUUCAAGCUUCACGCUUAUUAAUACGAGCUUUUGUGCCUCAUGUGGUGACUGGAACUGGAAACAAGUGAACAGAGAUUCGACGUUACGUUAAUGUUACGUUGGAUAAUGAACUUUUUUACACUGUACAUAUAUAGAACGCGGUAAAUAAUUCAAGUUCGGCCGCGACACGCAACGCUCGCAUGCUUGAUCGCAACUUUCUGAGCGCGAUAGCAUCUCGGCGUGUGACUUCGGCCAAACAGCAGUGUAAGCCGAUUCCACGUAGAAGAAGCACCGCGUUAACACGCCAAACCGACACUUCAUACGCGAAGUAUUUUGCAACAAACGUGAGAGUAACCGAAGCAAAAGUAUUACACAUACAAGAGUCGCGAAUAUUCCAGUCCGUUCACAUCAUGUUGCCGAAAUCUUCACGUGAAUGGAGACGCCACGCGGUCAAGAGGAUCAUAGUGGAGCACAUGGAAACCUCAAGGAAAACGGGCAAGCGAUCGCUCAAACGUAUUAAUCCGAAAUUAUAUGAGAAUCUCCCGACAAACAAGAGCGCGGAGUCGACCGGCCAUAAACUCUUGACGGAAUAUCUGCAGGACAGUUCGAUACACGGCAUCAAAUAUCUCAGCAACUUGCGGAUAAGACCCAGUAUCGUCGGAAAAAUCUACUGGGCUCUGAUCAUAAUCUGCAGUUUCGUGUUCUUAAUUUGGAUGGUCAGCACCAUCUGGAUGCGUUACUCUGCCGACCCGCUUCGCACCGUCGUCGAAUCCUUCGAGGAGCCGAUAUUCAAGAUUCCCUUCCCGGCCGUAACUCUUUGCCCCUUAAUACCGCCGCUGGCCGCGAGACGCAAAAAGUUGCUGGCGCGUCUGCAUCUGCCGGACAACAUCAACAGCACCACAGCCAUGUUUCUGCUCAAAUACGGGGUUGCAUUUUCAAGUGAGCGCGUCCCCGGUGGUAGGAAUCACCUAAAUAAUUUAAGGAUGCUGUUGGAGUAUAAUAAUAUUACGCUAUUGGAAUUGGUGAAGUUACUGCGACCUUGUGAAGACCUGGUAGAAUCCUGUUGGUGGGAUGGAGUAAAAAUGAACUGCAGCCAAAUAUUUAAAGCCUCUCAUACCUCGCAGGGUAUAUGUUGCUCCUUCAAUUUCCAGCUGGAACAUUACAUCAGCGAAAAAAAUUGGUUGUACCCCGUCCAGUACCUUAGAACUGCUUACUUCGGAUCAACGUAUGGCCUCACGGUUAUUAUUCACCCGAAAUUGCUGAUGGAGAAUGACGGCACCGGAGAGUUCAUUAAAUAUUCGACCAACUCCGUCGGCAUUUUGGUGUACGCCCAUCAUCCUCUGGAGUAUCUCGGCCCCAUCGCUAAAAGGCAUCUACUACAAGCACAGCAGGAAUUGCGGGUCGCCGUAAAUCCAAGCAUCAGAAAGAAACUCAAUGGCUACUUUCGUAAGAAGGACAACGAACAAACUCCGCAUUGCGUGGAUGCCAUUGAUGUUUCACUGAAGUACCUUCCCGUGUAUCUAUACUCCAACUGCUUUACCGAAUGCUCCAUCCGAGCUUCCCUCGAGAUCUGCGGCUGCGUGCCAUACUACUACGAGUCAAUGGCGAUUGAAUAUUCUUUAAAAAUCUGCGAUUGGGCGAACUUCGAUUGUCUCUACGAGAACGCGGACAACAUACGACGAAUGGUUCAGAAAGACCCCUCAGUAAAUAUUACGUGCAAAUGCUAUUCUCCAUGUUGGGAUAUAUUUUACGAUACGCAAGCGUCAAUAGGUAUACUGAACAGACAUGAGUCCAAUUCUUGGCCCGGGCACAAAAAUUUGACGGAAGCGCAAUCGAUAGUAAAAGUGUUCAUGAAUUAUGAAACUUUCACCAUGACCGACACGAUCCCGAUCGCCGAUGAAUUAUACCUGCUAGCGUCCGUGGGCGGCAUAUUUAGUCUUUUCGUGGGGGCGAGUUUCAUAAGUGCCGUGGAGAUUUUCUAUUUCAUCGGACUGUAUCUCCAGUCGUACCGCAAUUCGAAGAAAUCAAAGUGACCGCCCGAGAAGAUAUUUCGCCACGCAGCAGCGAGAGUGUAUCGAGCGACGAUAUAAAUAUUGUAUUACAUGUUUAUCGUGCUGUGGGCUUAUUCUGCAACUUUCAGCACCAACAUCGUUAUCGUGGAACGCCGUCGCGCGCCUAUUAUAUUAUGUGUUAUGUUUAGUAGGCCGAUUCUCCAAUUUCAUAACGACCGUGUCGCAAGCAUCGAUAUUGCGCAGACUUUUUAUUGUGCAUUAUAUUUAUGUAACGGCGACGUAAGGAUAACGAAACUUAUUAAAUGUUACAGAAUCCGUAGGCAAAAACUAGAUCCCGAUAUCGUUAACCGACUUCAAAGAAAGGAAGUUCUCAGUUUGUUCUAUAUGUACACGGGAAAAAUGUUGUAGUAAAAAUUAAAAUUUCACACACGGGAAAAAUCUAAUUCUGUUUAACUCUGUAACUGAAUUUUUUGUUGCUCGAGACUGAACGAGAAACACGGAACAGAAAGAUUGCUGUAGCAUCAUUUCUGCUCAACCAAUUGUUUCAGUUAUCUCAACCAAGUUUUAAUAUAGCUGAAUGUCAAGAUGUUCUUGACAGAGAAACUAUUAAUUAAAUAUUGCGAAAAUAUUAAUUAAAUUUUUUUCAAUUUAAUAAUUAAUUUGAACAAAUAUGUUACAGUUUAUCUAAUUAACGAUUGAUUCAAGCAAAAUCAACCGAAGAAUGUUUAAUUAAUAAUUAAUCUCAACAAAUUCAAUCAAUGGACGAAGGGAAUCAAAGAUCAUUCAAUUAACAAUUAAACUUAGCCAAUUUAAUUGAAGGCCGUUUAUUUGGCAAUUAAACUUAGCAAAUUCUAUUAAGAGCUGUUUCAUUGACGAUUGAUAUAAGCAAAUUCAAUUGUUCAAUUGAAAAACGUUCGAUUGCUCAAGAUUACAAUUGGUUUCAUGUAUAAUAUUCGUUCUUAGAGUAUCGUGACUUUGUGGAAAAUGUUAAUGAUUAAGUAGAACGCGUUGAAAAAAAUACUGAACAUAUCAAUCGUCACAAAGUGAUCUUCGAUGAAUCAAAGAUUGAACCUGUUCAAAUCAAUUGUCAAUUAAUUAAUUAAUUUUAUUAAAUUUUCUAAGUUCAAUUGUCAAUUAAACGGCUAAUUAAAUUUGUUAAGUUCAAUUAUUAACUGAACAAUCUUUAAUUCCCUUCGCUCAUAUCAAUCAUCAAUGGAACGUUUUCGAUUAAAUUUGCUCAAAUUAAUUAUCAAUUAUUAAUCGUCAAUUAAUCGUCGAUAAAUAAUUAAAAAAAUAAUUAAUUAAUCGCGACCCUAAUUCUCGGUCACAAUAACAGAUAUUAUUUCUCGUCAGCAAGCUUUUUGUCUGCAUUGUUAGAAAACUUCGUAUUAAAUUUAAUAAUUGGGAUGUGAGGUUUUUUUUACAUAACUGUGUUAUAAAAAAUAAUAAUAAAAUAAAAAUAACAUCAAUAUUAUAUUUAAUAACACAUAGUUAUAAAAAAUCAUAAUCAACGAUUAAAAUCACAAUAUAGCGAUGCACAACUUCUGCGAUAGCAUUAAGGAGAACCGAUGAAAAGAUUUUUGGAUAGCUCCGUUGAAAUCUCGAUGAAGGCCACGAUGCUUUAAAGGUCAUUAGCUGAAUCUUUCAGGCCACGUGACCGAAACAGUUUCGUAUCUAUGAUAUAUUAGAAAAAUUAUUCUAACAUAUCGUAAUGUGUUAUAAUGUUUCAAAAUUUAAUA